UCGUGAAUCACAAACAACAACCGCAACAACUCACUACCUGUCAAAUGUAACAAUAAUAAACAACUUUCCAUUUACCACUUGAACGAUAAUAACGUGAAACUAUAAGAAGUGCUUCUUUUUAAUGUAACUUUUCUAAAUUAAUAUCCUUAUAUAAGUGUGUGUAGUGAAAAUCGCGUGAACGUUCAACUCAUAAAGACGAUGAAUCAGGGGUUAAUACACCCCUAGAGUUCCACGUAAUGAAUUAAGUUACAAACAAAUGUAUUAAUUACACGAAAUGUUAACACCAGGUGUGCGAAUUGUGCGGGGUCCUGAUUGGUCCUGGGGCAACCAAGAUGGGGGCGAGGGAUUUGUGGGUACGGUAUGUGAAAUUGGAAAAUCCGGUAGUGUAGGGUCCCCUGAUAAAACAGUGGUUGUUCAGUGGGAUAAUGGGACGCGCACAAACUAUAGAGUUGGGUAUUUGGGCAAAUAUGACCUCCGUGUCAUUGACAAUGCACAAAUAGGCGUCAAACAUCCGAACAUAGUUUGUGAUGGCUGUAAGAGCCAGGGCAUAUCUGGAAUGAAGUAUAAGUGUAAUGUUUGUUAUGAUUAUGAUCUUUGUUAUAUGUGUUACCAUGGGGAUAAACAUGAUCUUGGACACACUUUUAAGAGAUUUGAUACAGCCACAGCUGUGGGGGUUGAUUUGCCGCCCCGGCAAAAUGGCCACAAGAGUGAAUUGAAGGGGAUUUUUGUGGGCGCCAAGGUAGUAAGAGGAUAUAAUUGGGAAUGGGGCAAUCAAGAUGGUGGUGAGGGUAAAGUGGGCAGGGUUUUAGAUAUUAGGGGUUGGGAUAAAGAAAGCAGUCGAUCUGUGGCCAAUGUUACUUGGUUGUCUGGAUCUACCAAUGUUUAUCGUUUAGGACAUAAAGGCGAUUGUGAUAUAAAGUUUGUAGAGCCAGCUUCAGGAGGGUCUUACUAUCCAGAACAUCUUCCAGUAUUAGGUCAUAACAUCGAACAAGCAGUAGCCCGUCCUGCAAGAUCAGGUCCUCCACCAUUUAGUGUUGGGGAUAAAGUUAAAGUAGUCGUCUCGGAAGAACAGUUGAAGACAAUGCAACAAGGUCACGGUGGAUGGAAUCCUAAAAUGGCCGAAUACAUUGGAAAAAUUGGAAGAGUCCACAGAGUUACUGACAAAGGUGAUAUUAGAGUACAGUAUGAAGGGUGCCACAAUCGGUGGACUUUCAAUCCAGUCACUCUAUCUAAGGUUAACUCGGUAGCGGUAGGCGACAUUGUAUGCUUAAGAACCGAUAUUGAAAAAGUGAAGGAAUUGCAGAAAGGCCACGGGGAAUGGAUCGAAAUUAUGAAAAAUUCGUUGGGUAAAUUAGGCAAAAUAUUGAAAAUCUACUCGGAUGGAGAUCUGCGUGUACAACUCGAUGGACAUGCUUGGACUCUGAAUCCGCAGUGCGUCAGGUUGGUGCCUGGAAGUGCAGCGGAACUUGCGAAUACAAUGCAGGCGACUCAAAAUCAAAGACAAGAACCGUCAAUGGAAUGGCCACCGACCAAUCCAGCGGAUAAUCAAACAAAUGGAGUGGCCGAUCAGCUAGUUAGAGCGGCAGCUCAGGGUCAUUUGGAAACCGUACAAAGACUGCUCGAAGGGGUGUCACGCAAUAUGGUUGACAUGCGAAGCGGUGGGAAAACUGCCUUGCAGGUGGCAGCACAUCAGGGGCAUGCAGCUAUAGUGAGACUGCUACUUCAUGCAGGGGCUUCCGUCAACGCCAGCGAUAACGAUGGCGACACUUGUUUACAUUAUGCAGCUUUUGGUAAUCAGCCAGAGGUACUGGAUCUCCUCAUCAAGGCGGGUUCGGAGCUAAACACUGCCAAUCGCAGCGGCUGCACUGCCUUGCACAUUGCAGCGCACAAGCAGCCGGCCCGAUGUGUUCAGAUUUUGCUGUCGGCUGGUGCUGAUCCGAACUGUACUGACCUUUACGGCGACACUGCCUUACACGAUGCCAUCGGAAAAGAUAGUUAUCAGGUGGUAGAACUGUUGUGCGCGGCAAGUGGCAUUGAUUUCACUCUUCGGAACAAGAGGGGAUUCAAUGCUUUGCAUCAUGCCGCGCUCAAAGGAAAAAAUUUCGCCACUAGGAAGCUUUUAACGCAAGCGAGGCAGCUGGUAGAUGUGAAAAAAGAUGACGGCUUUUCGGCCUUGCACUUGGCGGCCUUGAAUGGUCACAAAGAAGUGGUCGAAACUCUUGUCCACGUAGGUCAGGCGGAUAUUAAUUUAAGAAACAAUAGAAAUCAAACUGCCCUUCUCCUUGCGGUCAGUCAAGGACAUUGCGGAGUUAUUGAACUCUUAAUCAAACUGAAGGCCAACAUAAACGCCAAAGAUGAAGAUGAAGAUACAGCUUUACACUUAGUUUUAAUUAAAAAAUCCCAUCUGAACGGGGAAAUAAGACAAGAAGAUAGUCCAGAUAUUUUUACUAUAUAUGAAAGUAUAAGUCAAGUUUCCGAAUUCCGAUUGGCUAUCGCAAUCGCUUGUUACCUCAUUCAAAUGGGAAUAGAUUUAGAUGCUCUUAAUAGUAAAGGACAAUCUGCCUUGAGUCUACUUCAAGAAUCAAGUUUACAAGAACUGCUAAAAAGUUACAAGCCAAAUUUAGAUAGUAAUCAAAUACAACAGAAUACUCAGGAAUCUUUGGGAUUAGAGUCUUUGAAUCUAAACGAAGCGAGACACUCGACGGACGGCUAUAAUUUAACUGACAAUACACCGAAAAAUAGUCCGGCUAGAAAUCUAAGCAACGACGAAUCGAAAAAUACCCGUAGAAGUAGACGGGAGAAGAACGACAAAAUAUUUGAUAUUGGUAGCACGUCGCAGGAGAACUCCCCGAAUCAUAAAAAUCAUUAUUAUCAAAACGAGAUUGUAAGCAGUAAGCCAGUCGAGUGUUUGGUUUGCUCGGAACUAUCUGAAGAAAACGUUCGGUUAGAACCUUGCAAUCAUAAACCAGCUUGUGAGGACUGUUCGUCGCGUAUGAAGAAGUGCUUACAAUGCGGUUCCAUCGUUCAGAAGCGUAUCACAAAAGACGGGAGAGUCAUUCCGGCCAAAUCAAGACAGCCUAGUGCGGAAAGAAUGAGGUACUUGGAAUGUAAAAUCGCAGAAAUUGAGGAGAGUCACGCAUGCAGCAUUUGCAUGGAAAGAAAACGAAAUGUUGUCUUUCUGUGCGGACACGGAACAUGUUCGAAAUGUGCAGAUACCCUCAAAACGUGUCACAUGUGCAGAAAAACCAUCACGAAAAAAAUACCUAUUUAUUAAGCUUUUAUAAAGACGUUUCUAAGCAUGUUGUAGAUGAGUUUGGUUGAGAUAUAUAGUUGCCAUUAACAAUGGAUUUCGAUGCAUAUUUGAAAAAUAUUUAUAUAAUUUUUUGCAAUUACAGUUUAGAGAAUUUUUGAGCAUGAAGUAACGAUCCAGUUCAGAGUAUUUGUAAUAUUUAUAUUCAUGCGAUAUUUGUAUGAGAGUUUAUAAUAAAGCACUAACACGCAAAUAAUUUCGGUAACCUACAUGGAAAGUAAUGGGCAAUAUUGAUAAAUAUGAGGAAAUGGAAUAAUUUACAAAUUAUUUGUGUGGGGAGUGUUCUUCUGUUUUGUUAAAUGUAUAUUUAUUCCUUUGAAACUGUGAUGCAUAUUUUUUUUCAUUAUUACUUUGUAAGUAGGAUACGUUCCCAGAUAAUUACGUAAGAUGUAUCGAUUCUUUAUAAAUUAGACUGAAAAUAAAAGAAUAUUAAACUUUC